GCGUUGCCUCGAUUUCUCCAAAUUCUCUAUAGCUUUCUGUAUUUAAAUCAUAUUUAUUUGUAUUUUUUUCGCAAAAAUGGCGAAUCCAAAUCUCUCUGACAUGACGGAAGAAGAUGCGGCUGAUCUCCAGUUUCCAAAAGACUGCGCAACGAGUGUCGCGAUAGCGAGCAAAUACAAUUCCGAUCUCGAUGUGUCAGUUGAGAAGGAGGAAAUCAUUGCUUCAGAUGCGCUCUGCGACAUAUGUAAAACCACUUUAUCCGAGCCUCACAUACGCUGCGCGACAUGUAAACAUAUAAAUCUCUGUUGUUCCUGCUUCUCGAACGGCCGAGAAAUUCAGGAACACAAAAACUACCAUGAUUACAUUAUCGUGAAAAACGAAUUCCCCCUAAUUCCCAAUUCCGGCUGGACAGCAAAAGAAGAACUCGAAUUCAUGGAUGUUCUCUUAGACUGUGGAUUUGGCAACUGGGUCGACAUUUCCCGAAAAAUGGAGGGCAAAAGCCCCGAGGAAUGCAAAUCUCACUAUCUACAAAAUUACAUAGACAAUCAGACCUUGGUUGGUUUACCCAAAUUCAAGGAAACCGAGGCAAGUCUCUUCUAUUCCCCACCAAUUCCCUACAUGUUCAAAGUUGAGGACUUGGAAGAGCCGCCGAGAUUUGCAGCAGGAACCAGUAAUAACCGAUUGCUAUCAGGUUACAAUGCAGCCAGAUCAGACUUUGAAAUAAAUUUCGAUAAUCACGCCGAACUUCUCAUUUCUGAGUUGAAAUACGAAGAUUUUAAUUCCGAUGAUCCGGAUGACAAGUUGGGAAGACAUCUGCAAUCAGCUCUAGUCAGUGCUUACAAUAAUCGACUCAGAGAACGCAAAAGACGGCACAAAAUCAUCAAGGAUCACGGAUUGAUCACUCUGAGGAGAAUGAACACCUGGUUGUACAGAUAUGAUGCCACAAUCACGAGAUCCAGAUUUGAUAGGCUAUUAGUUUUUAUGCAACUAGUCACCGGCAUGGAUUUUGAUUACAUCAUCGAGGGUCUGCACAGAGCUGGAGAGUUGAAAUUAUACCUGCAUAAGCUUCUUGAUUUUCGGAAAAAUGGUUUGAAAUAUUUUCACGGUGUGCCACUGUUCCAGAAGCUGGCGAAUGUUAGACAGGAGAGUGAGAGGGACAGGAGGAACUUUUUGGCAAGUUUAGAUAGUAACUGGAAAACAAUUUUACACAGUAGCAGCGAUUUGGAGACGAAAGCUCCUGUUGUUGGGGGAAUUUCCCAAAGAAGAGCUCCACCGCCUCUUGCGAUCAGAGGACUUCCGGGAUUCGAAAAACUGUCCCAGGCUGAAGUGGAACUUUGUUCCAAGGCUCGAAUUAUUCCUGCGAGUUAUUUGGACUUUAAGCAUAUACUGAUCAGCGAGAAUAAAAGAAAUGGAUCGCUCAGAUUGGCACAGGCGAGGGUGUUGUUGAAAAUUGAUGUGAAUAAGACGAGAAAAAUUUAUGACUCUUUAGCUGAUCAAGGAUAUAUUACGAGACCGGCUCAGUAAUUUUUUUGAGGGUGGCCGCUGGACCGGGAAAUGACCGUGAGUUUAUUUUUUGACCGGGAACUUAAAAAGUUUUUCGAAGAAAAAAUCUUUCAACUUUGAUUUGAACCGUUUUUUAAAUAAUUGGUUUAAUUUUUGUUUCAAUUAUGAUAUGUGGUUUAGAAUGCAUAAUUCGAAAACUUUUCACUUUGAAAAUUUUUAAUUUUUAAGCGUAUUUUAAAAUGCAAUUUU